AUUUAGGAAAUUAAAUGUGGAACCUUCAAAUUCAACAAAUUUGCCCAAAAUGUAUAAACUUAUUAUGUGUUUAUUGAUUAUCUUUUUAAUACGAUACUCCAUAUCCAGUAGCAGUUCAAUCAAAGCCCCAAAUUCCUCAAUAAUGAUUCGCACAAAACCCUAACUUCAAACCUGCUCCCUUUCAUUUCACUUUUUCAGAGAUGAUUAAUGGCAGCGAUGAUGAUGCAGCAGCCGCAGCAGGCGACGCCGCCGAUUCAUCCUCCACCUACUUCCGACGCUUCACUUAGAUCCCCUACACCGACUCCCACGCAAUCCCCUCUCCCUCUCCGCCCACGUCAGCCCCACGAGCAUGUUGCCGUUCCGAUCUCCGCCGCGCAUCCUUCCGGUGAGCCUAUCGUAACCAUGGGGACUGCCCAACUUCCACUCGCCAGGGUUAGGCUUUCCGAUAUUUCUCCCUAUGAUGGUGCCCCUUCUGGUUCCUAUGUGAGAGCCGUUGACACUUUAUCGGGUUCUUUGAUGCGACAUAAUGCGGCGGUAAUUGAGUUCGGGAACGAGGAUGCCGCAUUGAUGCGUUGCGCGCUGGAAGCCGCGCGGUUGUACUUUCGGAGUAGGGUAAAUACUGUUGGAAAAGGAAGCCGUGGGGUUUACAUGUAUAGGGCUGGAAGGGUUUUGGAAGAUUGGGACUCGUCUCCACCAUGCAUGGAUGAUAUAUUUAGGUGCAUGGGGAAGGCAGCUCGUGUUGCUUUAUGUGCAAUAGCAAGGCACCUGCGUUUACAAAGCGACGUUUUCAAUCAUUUACUUGAUGAUACUCCAUUACCUGCUAAUGAGGUGUCUUCAUCAGUGCUUGUUGCAACCUACUCUCACAUUUCUUUGCAAAAUGGAAAGGGGGCUUUUGGUGGAGGGAAGCCAGGAACAACUGCUGAAGUUGAGAAGGGGUUAUUGACAUUGAUUUCUUCAGACGGUCCUGGUCUACAGGUUUGUGACCCCAACGGUCGUUGGUACCUAGCAGAUGCUGGAUUAGCUCCUGGGGAUGUGUUGCUUAUUACUGGCAAGACACUUAGCCAUUCCACUGCCGGUGUCCGUCCUGCUGCCUCCUAUGGAGCUGCUCCUGAGUACCUUUCUGGGAUUAAUAAUGGUGGCAGGACAUCACUUGCAUUUAGGUUCAUGCCACAAGGAAAUGCUAUAUUGGACUGCUCUCCAGUUGCAGCUGCUGGUCAUGUAAUUCCACAGAGCUAUGUACCAAUAUCUGUUAGCCAGUUUACGGAUGAACUCUCUGCUGAAGAAGAUGUAGUGUGCAAUCGUACUGAUAAUACUUGUGGAGUUCGAAACAAUUUGAAUAAGCAACCUUCAUUAAGAAGUGUUCUCUCAGACCCCUUGUCUGGUGCAUUCCUUGAAGAUGCUAUGGUUGUUUCUUGUGGACAUUCAUUUGGUGGUCUCAUGCUGAGGAGGGUCCUUGAUAUGUCAAGAUGUACGCUUUGCAGUGCAGACAUCGACUCUGGAUCAUUGAUCCCUAAUAUUGCUGCUGCUGCAGCUGUGAAGCAAGAGGAAAAUAGAAGGCUAUUCCAUAAUGCAGCUCUCCGUAAGAAACGAAAGGAGAUGGGUGUCCAAAUUGAUAUAUCCAAGAGAUCAAGCAUGGAGAAUGGAGAGAUUGGUGCGGACAAUGGGUUGCAUAGGGGUGUGCAAUAUCCAUUUUUGGUGAACGAGAAGGUGUUAAUUAAGGGAAACAAACGGACACCGGAAAAGUUUGUUGGAAAGGAAGCCAUUAUUACAUCCCAAUGUCUCAAUGGCUGGUAUUUGCUUAAGAUCAUUGGAAGUGGGGAGAAUGUUCGUCUACAAUAUCGAUCUCUUCUUAAGAUCAUGAACCCGCAAUCCACCAUUGAAGAAGAUAGAUGUCCUUCACAACCGUUUCGGAACAGUAGCUCAUAGUCAUAGAUGUAAAUACCUUUUUUUAUUUAUUUUUUUACUCACGAUACCUGGAGGAAUAGUGAACUCGUCCAGCUGCCAUAGAGAUGAAAUUUGCUUCUCUCUUGUUUCUUUUUUACUAUGCUAUUGUUGUAUUUGAAUUUUGUUUUGUCCGGGAAAAGUCGGCUAUUUCACUCCCACUAUAUCAUGUAAGAAACUCUGCUUAGAAAAGAGGAACUAUGAAAUAUAUGUAAAAUACCACCAGCUUGCAUGAUUUU